AUGAGACCUUUUCCAGUCAAUGUUGUUGUCAAGAGAGGAUUCUCUAUGGAUGUGGGCAAGAUUGCCCGUGAUAUCUUGAUUGCAGAUCGCAGCACUUCAGAAAGGAAUAACCCUAGAUUGAACCAUUUACACAGAAAUAAUGCAAGGGAUUCAAUCACAGAUAAAUGGUUGAAAAAGGCGCUGACAAGGAAACAGCAUGCUUAUAUGCAAAAUGAGGUUACAAUUUACUCACCAGUAGUAUUGAAAACUUUACAAAAGUUGCGGUCUACCGACAACACAUCAGCGUAUUUUACACUGUUGAAUAAAAUAAGGGUGUCUGAUAUUACGUGGAUAUCACAAAAUGGAAGCCACAUUAGAAACAGAGAGGAAGUUCCAAUUGAAUUUUACCAUGAAGUCUCUAACAUGAUCUAUAGAAUGUCUUUGAAUUGUUCCGAUUUUAAAGAUUUCCGUGCAUUGGCAAAUUUUAGCAUAACGUUAAUGAGUGGAUACAACCAGUUGAUACGUUCAAGUUCAAACUCUCAAAUAUCUCACGAAACUAAGUUUUACAAAAAUUGCUUGUUAGUGGUAAUAAAGUCCGAAUCUAUCGCAGCCUUACUGGACGCCUUCAAAGAGAUGCCUCCUAGACAAAAUGGGCUCAAACCCUUAGCAGAACUAGUAUUUUACCAUCAGACGGGCCAAUUUAUAAAAUUGCUAGAAUUUUUGGAAGAAUUUAUUCUCACUUCUCUUGCGGAGAAAUCAAUUACAGGACAACAAAUAAAGGCCUUUUCUACUCCCUUAUUAAAUAUCCUGCAAUCCUGCUUGUUAAAUGGCGAGGAACAAAUCUGUUGUACUUUUUUGAAAAAACUAAAGAGGAAGUGGAAUUUUAAGAUGGAUGAACAUUCGUAUGUGGUUUUGAAGGAAUUAUGUGAGAGGAUGGGAAUGGAUCAAGUUCUCUUGACUCUAGCCGGUAAUAAGCAAGACUUGAGGACCAAAAUUGCGAGAAAAAAUAUGUCAUGGUCUGAAUACAUUAAUUUUUUGCAUCAAAGUCAAAUCGAUUUGUUUGAAGAGGAAUUACCAUUUGAUUAUUCCCAAAGCAUACUUUCUUCCGUUGGUCCCACUAUACAAGAUUGGAAAGCUUUCAUUGAUUCAAAUCCAUUACCAGAGGGGGCUAACGAUUCACUCAGGACAUUUUAUUUUAAUUCAAUUUUGGUCGAUUUGGCAACCCGCAAGAACAUCGGGUUUAUGCUAUCAAUGCUAGAAUUUCUCGUAUACAAAAGGGAAUUUUGCCAAUAUUUAAUCUAUUCGCAUAAAUUAAUAGGAUCUACAAAAAGCUCCGGUUUCCAUGCUCUGGUCAAAUCCAUUUCCAACAGUAACUCAUCCAAAAUCACAGCCUACACUUUGCAUGAUUUUCUACAAAAGCAUUAUCCAGACAUCGGUUUCCAAUUCAACGAUAAUGACUAUUACCAUUUGAUGAAAGCCUGUGCUUAUAAAGCAGAUCGUCAUACGAUUUACUACUUUCUCUAUCACUAUUUGAAAAAUCAAGGUCAUACUCUUUACACAGGUGCAGAAUCUGUUGAUUGGCGCCUACCGCAUCGCAUUUCUCUUCUCUUGAACCAGAUCAAUAACCCCAAACUUAAUAAACGGAUUAACGAAAUUGAGAAGAAUGCUAAAGAUCUUUUCACCGAAAGAAGAUUAAAUGGCUCUCAAGUGAAAGAUGAUGAUAUCCGAAGACUAUUUGGAGAGAAUUAUUCUCCGCGAAUCACGACCAAGACAUUAUUGUCCAUGGACGCGGUUGGUGAUCAAUUAGAAGACUUGAUACGCAAUCAAUCCGUUUAUUCCCUUUCCAUUGACCUAGAGUACUCAGAAAGAUUAUCAAACUGCUUAAGUUACACCAUCACACAUAGCUCUCCUGUUACAUCGUGA